CAUUUUUUUUGCGUUUAACGUAAAUAAGCGAAUUAAGACAACGAACACACGAAGAUAUUUGUCGUAAUAUACCUUGGAAUUUUUAACAAAAUUUGUUAAAAAGUAGCAUUCAAAGAUGAACUUCAGAGCAGAUGGAAGUACAUUUGGAGAGAAUAUGUCAUUUAACAGUCCUGGUGGUGGUGGUGGUGGUUUCCUUGAGAAAACAUUUGGAGAAUCACCUUUGUCACAGGAAAAGCGAGAGGAAAAGACAGGAGCAGUUCCAGUUACUGUGGCUGCCAUAUUUAAUGCAGAGUAUGACAUUGGUGUUGAUGGUUUAGUUAUUGAUGGUGUUCACAUUCAUCAGGUUAUUAUAAUUGGAAUGAUUGUGAAAGUUGUGGCAAAACCCCUGUAUUCAAAUUUCGCUAUACAAGAUCACACGGGUGGACAGAUAAAGGUGACAAAAUGGGUGGAUCAUCAGGAAUCGCCAGAGGAUGAGCCUGAAGACACGCUUAGGGAAGAUACAUGGGGGUCUAUGGCAUGGUGAGAAAUCCUGAAAACGCACCACGACAUAUCAUAGCCUUCCACAUGUGGACCGUAGUUAAUUUCUCAGAAAUUGUGUUUCAUUUAUAUGAAGUCAUGAACAUGCAUGUCUACUUGAAAAGGAGGAAAAGUGGAAACAACCCGAAACCAGGUAGUAGUGGCAUAUCCGUGGAAAUGAUCAAGAACAACGACUUACCGAGCGAACUAAGUGAAAGACCGGAGAUUGAAGCGAAGGCGUAUCAGGCCGUUGCACAGUUUGAUAUGAGAGAACACGGUGCUCCCUUAAAUGAAGUUUCCAAAAUAUUAAAUGUCACGGAAAGUCGAUGUCGUGAUAUAUUGGUGACUUUGCAGGAUGUUGGUCUUGUCUACACAACAAUGGAUGAUAAUCACUUCAAAGCAAUCAGUUAACAGUGUAGCUAUAUAUAUUUAUUUUUACGUGUAUCGAGAUGUAAUGUAUAUUUUCAGUCGAUUAUUGAGAUGUUUUUGUUUGGGAUCAACGCUAAAUUGGAGUAGACUCAAUAAACACAUUUACACACGUACAAAGUCUGUCACAACAUUAGUUCGUGCAUGUAAAAUAUAUUAUGUAAAAUAUAUUGUCCACAGUAACCACAUCUUUGUUCCUUAUAUUUUGUUUUCUUUUAUCGUUACACGACGUCUUUUUGCGCAAAUAAUUGCAUAUGUAUAUAACUGUCAUUGACACUUUGUACUAAGUAUGAAGGAUUUUUCAAAAAUUUACAGAUAUCCGUCCAAGUACCCCUUUACGAAACUGUUUAUUUAUUUUAAAUAAAAGACUUCCUAAAACUGUAA